GGUAUCAGACGAGGAGAUGGCGUCUGCGCGUCCUGUGUAGGCGCACACACGGCCAGGAAAGGGGCUGCACUCGGGCGGGCCGGCGCCUGCCCCUCCACAAGUGGAAGCAUCUUGUCGUCAUCCCCGCUGCCCCCAUCCUGCCCGCCGCCCGCUCGUCACCACAGAGGACGGGGCAGCGGCUGUAUCAUGUCCCAGCACAACGUGACGGUGAUCCGGACCACGGCCAGCAGCAGUAACGUGCAGCACCAAAGCCCGGGGCUCGUAGACAGAGGCUACCCCCGCUCCAGCGGCGCCACCCUCAAGCUGUGCCAGGCGCUGUGUUUGCUGAUUGCCUUUCUUUGCGUGACGUUCUCCAACUGGACAGACUACAGUGCUUACCGCUAUUUUGAAGUUGUCACAAUUUGCUUCAUGAUCCUCAUAAUUAUCUUUUAUGUGGUGAACCUAUUCCGGAUUUACAGGAUGCUCACUUGUGUCUCGUGGCCGCUAGCGGAAUUGUUACACUAUGCCAUAUGUACCUUCCUGGUCUUUAUCGGCUCCAUUGUGGCUGCUGUCAAAAGUUCUGGCGUUGGUGGAUUAGUAGCUGGAUCGGUCUUCGGAUUCAUCGCCUGUGUCCUCUGUAUUGUAGGCAUGGUGCUAUCAUAUAAAGUGACAUUUGUAACUCAAUCCAGUGGAGCGACGUUAUGACUGCCUGGUCAGCACAGGAUUCCAGAGCUGAAGUGAGAAUGAAAAUCUCCUGCACAAACACUUAUGUCUGAGCACAGUUUGCACUGGCUGUGAGAUCCUCUCCGCAGGAAACUUCCACCGCCUCCAAUGGAUGCACAGCUAUGGAAUAUACACAUACCUGAGGCAGCUAAUUUGUAGCAUUGUCUUCCCUGUCUUACGCCAUAUCCAGUAAUGGAAAGGAGGACAUAUGUGUUCUCUGGAGGCUUGCUGCCAUUUAGGCUUUAAAACUGCUCCUGAAAAGCAAGUGCUAAAACCAAAGAUGACAAUACGAUUGUGUCAAUCAAUAACUUUCAAGUGUAUUCCAUUACUUAUUAGAUAAAAAUUAUAUUUAUGGACAAGCUAUGGAGUGGUGGUUCCGAACCUUCGGCUCUGACAUCAUGCUGAGAGUAGUAGUUUGAAGCUGCCGGAGAGCCGCAGGUUGGAGACUGCUGCUGUAGAUAGUAGUCAGUAGUGGUUCUUUUACCAACCUAAAUGACUUUAAGUAGUAAAUGCCAUUUUAGUGUCUUGAAGAAUCAGAUUAUGCAGAUUUAUUAAAGGGUAGAUUGAAACAAGGGGUCAGCAAGUAAAACAUUUUUGGGGUAUGUUUAUAUUCUGCUUAUAUUGUUCAGCAAGGAUAUAUGGUGUCUGCCAUUAUUUUUACAGCUGUAAUAAUAAUAUCCUCCAUGAAUGGACAGUAUCUUGUUUUAACUAUUGCAGUAUAUGUGAUGGCUGCUGCCGAAUACUUGAUAGCACAGAUAUUGCUUUUUCAUUCUUAUAAUUUGUUUCCUCUCCACAUAAAAUAUGUACAACUUUUCUUUAUGGGCUGUGAGAAUCGUAAGCAGUUAAUAUACGUGCAUGUAAAUUAACUCAGUUAACGGCAUUUUGUAUUUUAUGAAGCUGUACAGGAUUGAAAACAGUAAAAAGUGUUUUUACAUGUGAAAUAAAUGGUCAUUUUGUGUAAUUUGUAAUCAUAGUUUCAUACUAUUAUAUGAUAAUGUGAAAAUAUGGAGUAAAAAAUUAAAGACUUACAUCUUUGCGA